AGUUACUCCAGCGGUUGUUGCUUACUCAGAAAAUGAACAGGUGGUUGGACUGGCAGCAAAACAAAGUAGAAUAAGAAAUAUUUCAAAUACAGUAAUGAGAGUAAAGCAGAUCCUUGGCAGAAGCCAGAAGUGCGGUCCUCGGACCUGGCUUCUCAGCAAUUAGCCCUGAGAGGGAAGAACCAGCUGGCUCCUGGAAAUAUACCGAGAGCACCCAGAGCUUCCUUACUCCUUCAGCCUUGUGCCUUGCUGUCCAGGAGCACGCUUCAGUAGCCUUCCUUCCCAGCCCACUAUGGCCACCACCAAUAGCAGUGCGGGCAUCCGGUGGUCCAGACAGGAGACACGAACUCUUCUCUCCAUACUAGGUGAGGCAGAGUAUAUUCAGCGCCUCCAGACUGUGCAUCAUAAUGCAGAUGUCUAUCAGGCUGUGUCUAAGCGGAUGCAGCAGGAAGGCUUCCGCCGCACCGAACGCCAAUGCCGCUCCAAGUUUAAGGUUCUGAAGGCAUUGUAUUUAAAGGCCUAUGUUGCCCAUGCCACAAGUAUGGGGGAUCCCCCCCACUGUCCGUUUUAUGAUACGUUGGAUCAGCUUCUUCGAAAUCAGAUAGUGACUGACCCAGACAACUUAAUGGAGGCUGCUGCUUGGGCCAAGCAUGGUGAUCAGAACUUAGUGGUCUCUGACAGCCCAGGGGAAGAGGGAACCAGCAUUUUGAAAGCGAAAAGGACUCAGGCAGCUGAUCUCCAGCCUGUCUUGAAAACAGUUAAGGAAUCAGAUGAGGAUUGUCAGCUGAGAAUCAGUGACCGGAUUCGAGAAACCAGUGACCUUGAGGACUCCUGGGAUGAAUCCUCAGGCGCAGGGUGCUCUCAUGGGACCCCCAGCUACAGCAGUUCCCACAACCUUUUCAGAGGUGCAGUUGCUCCCUGUCAGAGCACCCCCAUGACCAGACUGGGUGUGUCGGGGGAGCCCAGUCCCUGCGCCAGCACCAGCCGAAGCCCUCCUGGGGUGGCCUCCACACCGCAGCCUCCACGCUCCUCUUCCAGACUGGGUUUUGUGUCUGGUGGGAAUAGGCCUCUGACCAGUGAGCCGCCUCCACGGUGGGCGCGGAGAAGAAGGCGCUCCAUGGCCAGGACAAUUGCCGCUGAGUUGGCAGAGAACAGGAGGUUGGCACAAGAACUCUCAAAGCGAGAGGAAGAGAAACUGGACAGGCUGAUUGCUAUUGGUGAGGAGGCCAGUGCCCAGCAAGACACUGCCAAUGAGCUGCGCAGGGACGCUGUCGUCGCAGUCAGACGCUUGGCGACAGCAGUGGAAGAGGCAUCUGGUGCUUUUCAGCUAGGGCUUGAAAAACUGCUUCAGAGAUUGAUUUCAAAUACCAAAAGCUAGGGACUGAUGGCAGAAGGAUGUAUUUCCUAGACUGGUAGAAGUCUGCCAGCGCCUGUCUUCUGGAAUCCUGCCACCUUCUGUGUGUCCUCAGAAGGAAAAGUAGAUGAAACAUUAAAAUCCAGAACAGAAGGUAUAUGCUGAUGACUUUCUUUGCCCAAGAGCCUCCACUAAUGGAAAGACCUUUCAGGAGCGGAAAGGUGGCCUGUAGAAACCAGAAACCUGGCUUCCUCACUAAUGUGAGGUGAUCUUCUAUACCUCUCUACAACAGUUUCCUCAUCCUCACCGGGCACAGAUAAUAAGUCCUCCCCUGCCUACCUCACAGGGAUGUUGUGAGGGUCAGUGGCUAGCAGAUGUGAAAGAGUUUAGAAGUUUUAAAGCACUAUGCACAUGUAAGUUAUUAAUGCAUACAACCUUGGCUGAGGCAAGGCUAGGGUGAGCACAUUAGUUCACUAGAUACAGAAAUGUAGUUAUAUGCCAUGACCUCAUUGCUUGAGUCUUUAUUAGUUUAAUUGGGCUGCUUCUUGAAGUUUGGAUCUUAAUUUUUUAAAUUCCUUUGUGGUUCACUAGUCUAGGCACAGUAUGUAUUUUGUACUUUUGUCUAUUUUUGCUGUUGUCUAUGACUUACCUACUAGUAAGCACUCUCAAUAGUCAAGCUAGCUUGCUUUCUUCACUUUGUUAGUUCUUAAUCUCCUAUCAAGACAUGAAUAAUAUUAGGAACAGAUGGGAAAUCACGGUGUAUUAGUGCUUUGUAUCCAUAAUCUCUCAUAAGGUGAAACAUUGGCUGUUUCAUACUAUAGGAAGUAUACAUAAAUUUGAAUUUUAUAUUAUUUGGGCACGUUUGUAUGCCUAAUUUACAUCUUUACAUUUGGGUUGCCAUGGAAAUGACUUAGUCUGUCAGCUUUAGCUGAUUUCAUUAGCAGUAGCUGUUUUGUUUUGGCCUUUUCAUGUUAUUGAGGGCAAGUCCUAGGAAACUUCCAAGACCACAUUUUCUCAAACGGUAUAAACAAGAAUUCAUCUAGUUAAUGGCAUGUGGUGGAAAAGGGUGCUAGAAGGUGUUGUGUAUGAAGACUGGUCCCCUGGGUAACUCCCUUUAGGCACAAGCCCUCACAAAGACACUCCCGCAGCACCAGCACACAUCUGAGGCAGAGAUGAAGGUGCUAGAGCCACUGUUGGUCAUCACAAACGAACUUAAAGCUCUCAGUGAAUUUCAUAGCACUUUUGGGAAACACAAAUACAUGCCUUGAGGAUUUAAGAGGGUUUCCUGCAAAGUUAGGAGAAAGGGAGUAGGUCUACCAUUGGGGGAGGUUUUGUUUUAUAUAUUCUAGUCUUUGGUGUUCACCUAAAAGCUGGAGGCACAAGUAGAUAAAGUGAAUAAAAACAGCUGUUGGCCUUCCCUAGCUCUGUCAGCUGGUGGCCAGUGAGCGGUGCUCUGCGGGUGAGCGCGGGCUGAAUGAAGCGGGGCAUGGAGGGGAGACAGUAUAGUGGACUCUUGUCCCGUCACAGCUGUUUCAUUAGGUAAAUCAUGUUUCCCUUUUGUGCCUGUUUCUUUUAUCUAACUUGGGGAAAUUGUGCUAGAUGGUUUACUUGCUAUUACCUUUCAGUUUUAAGAUAAUUUUAAAUAACAUAACAAAGGUGCCAUUUUAGUUGUCAUUCCUUCAGUCAGCAGUUACGAAGGUGUAUUUAAAAUACUGCUAACAAGUAUAUUUGGGACACAGUCUAUGGAAUUAAUGAAAUUCUUAGAAGUACCACACCAGACAUUCCUUUCAAGAAAGGCAUUGAAGUGUAUGUGGAGAUGUAUGUUGUCUGUUAUUUUAGGCCAGUAUGUGGAAGGAUAUGUUGUAACUGAAUAAGGCUUACACAGAUACAUAUAUUUUCUGGGAAAACAAGGAAGUACUUUUAGGAGAGUGAGACCUGUACCAUACAUAAAACUGCAAACAAAAUGCAUAGAUGGGGAUUUACUUGAGAUAGGAGGAAUACUAAGAAAUAGAAGUGGAGCUAGUUGGAGGUUGUCUUGUGAAAAUGUAGUGGGUGAAAUAAGCACCAGAUAGAAAUCAAACUCAAGGGUACGGUCCUUCUGGAAGAUUAAGCUAGCAAACAUGCAGGAAUACUAUGGAGAAAAGUUGCAAUAGGGGAUCAAGUACAGGGAAACAGGAUGGGUACCCAUCACUACCUGAAGUUCCUUCAACAAGCCUUUCACCAUUCUGUAAGUCCAGUUCAUUAUAUGAACUAACAGUUGUCCUACCUACCUCACAGGGGUGUUGUGAGGAUCUAGUGAACAGAUGAGUAUGAAGUGCUGCUGGAUGUGUAGGCUCAGUGAUGGAACAGGAGUGGGGAAGGAGACCACAGCAAGUGCUGGUGCUGGUUGAGGUGCAGAAAGAAACUGGCAUUGCUGGUCAAAGGUUGUGAUGCAGUGGCAGGAUUAACGUUGCCUCCUGGGGGCCAUGAUGUACACCAGCCUCCCACCACCUUUUCUGUCGCAUUGAAUCCUGGUGUGGACAAAUAAAGUUUUGACUUGUGUGUA